AUGAUGGUUUCUGAGAGAAGUGCAUUGGAUGACAAAGUCUUAAGAGUUGUAUUAAGAAAGAAAAUCAAAGAGAGAAGAGGAGGAUUUAAUGGAGAGCAGUAUGGCCAUCUUAAGAAAGACAAAGAUUUUGAGUUAGAAUUCACAUAUAAAUAACACAAGACAACUUCAAUAUUCAGUUCCAUUGAAACAUCUAAAUAAAAUAUUUUAGCAGUACAUUGA